ACAAAAAGGCUGCGCCGUCAUUCAGUCUGUCAUACGGACCACACAAGUCAGCGGACUGUCCAAACCCCUGUUCCGAGUAGAUCCGUCUCUCAUCUAGGUAUUGUCAUUAUUUCUUUUCUUAGCUGGAAAUCUCCCCACAGAACCAGAUCAGAGCAUCACCUGCGUCCCCACAUUUGAAUUUUAAUUCAGCUGAGGAGAAGUUUUCUUUCACUUACAAGUGAGACCUGAGGGCAAACCGGGAGCUGGAGACAAUGGGAGGCUUUUACAAAGUCAAUUACUGGCUCGUUUUGCUGCUGGCUGCUGCCGUGGCGGUUGCUGCCAAUCCGUCCCUCAACUUGGCCAACGAAAGGAGCUCCAUUGAAAGUACCUAUGAGCUGACCAAAUACCUGGAGUUCCAGCUGAAGGAAAUCAAAGACGUAUAUCUGACCUAUCUCGGGCCACCAUUCAAUGAGAAAGACUUCUCUCCGCCUCGGCCCAACAGUACAGCUCUGACUCUGCCGAGUGCCGCCACCCGACUGGAGCUGUGGCACGGCCUGGAAAACCAAGCCCGGCUCGCCCAGAACCAGAAAGCUUACUCCAUCCUCUUGGCAGCCGUCAGAGAGCUGGCCCGCUCUACCCUCUGCCCCUCCCUGAAGACCUCGCUGCUCCACUUUUGCACAGGUUUAGAUGGACUGCUGGGCUCCAUUUCUGCACUGAUGACCACGCUUGGUUACUCCUCCUCCCCUCCUCAGUCUGCAAACAUGGGAAGCUUCGCUGGUGAGCUGCAGUACUCGCCGAGAGGAGCAGGCGGCAACCGACCUGCGCCACUUAUGAGCCAAAGCUUGUUCAGAUCGAGAGCAGGAUCAAGAGCGGAGUCUGGUCAGCGGAGCAGCCACAGAAGGAGUGGAGCAAAGGUGGCAAGAGACGAGAGGGAAGAUGGCACCAACAUGGACCCGAUGGAAAAAAGGAGAGGGCGAGAGGGGAGGAGAGCAGACGCAACCACAACUGGAGGAAGGAGUGGUGGAUUUAGGGAGAAGGGAAGAGGAGAAAGAGGGAGAAGAGAGAAGAGAGAAGAGCCAGAGUGCAGGAAAAGGUCUGUCAGUGAGAAGGAGAUAGCAAGGAUGGUGGAAGAGGAGGUGCUGGAGCAGGUGCAAGAAGCAGAGAGAUUGGGAAGGAGGAGAAGGUUGUUGAGUAUUGAUGAGGAUGUCGACGUCCAGGACAGGCGGCCUGAGCUUAGAGUUGAAGUGUCAUAUCUUAGCAACAGCGGAGCGAUAAACCCACCACCGAGUAACGACAAUCGGUACAGCUUCAGCCUGAGCCCUCACCACCCCGAGCCUCUCAGAGUAGAGGAUGGAUUCACUCUGAAAAGACAAGGAAGCUUGAUGAUAGAGAGGGGGGAGCAAACAGAUACGGAAGCUGCAUCUUCUUCUCAUCAUCAUCAGUCCCGGCUCCCUCGCUCCCUCCUCUCCCCCACCCCCCCGCCUCCUCUGUCCACCCUCUCCCUUCUGUAUCAGUUCGGCGGAGGUGAGGAGCACACCCUCCUCCCACAGCCCGUCCCGCUUUCUCUGCGAAGGGGCACCUCCCUCCUCUCGCCUCCUCUCGGACCCCUCUUCUCUUCUUCCACCACCUCAACGUCCUCCUCGCUCAUCUCAGUGCGGCCGGCCAUGAACGAUUUUGCCCGGAAGGUGGAGGGGUUCUGGAUACUGCGCGAGCUGCAGAGCUGGCUGUGGCGGUCAGCGAAGGACUUUAACCGCCUCAAGAGGAGACUCAGAGGCUGAGAAAGGAGAAUAAGACACAUACAGACAACCAAAUCUCAGUGUAGCAGAACUCUUUUGUUUCCUCGAGGACAUGAUGGAAACAAACUCAAAGGAGAAAAACCCACAUUAACGCAUUCAUGUUCGAGACAUUCAUUCAUGACAUACUGGAAUACGUGAAUGAGGACUAUUUGGCAGGUCAUCAGACUUGCUACUGGAAUAUACACAAAGCCUUGGCCUCACUAAUUCUGUCACAUAGCAGGUCAUUGAGCACAACUCAGAGGGAUGAGCUCUGAGUUACCGGACUUCACGGCUCAAAGAUCGGCAGAAAGGCCACUGGAGGUGGUCAGGCACACUCACAGAGCCAGUGACACGCAGCCGGACAGACAGUGCAGCUAUUGAGCGCAAACCCAUUCGGUGACCUCAAAUGUGUGAAUCAGCAAACAUUCAUUUUAUCUAAAGGAAGAGGGAAAAAUGUAUGAAUGGUUGGAAACAAAGGCGGAGGAAAACUGGCCGGAGGGAUGAUGAGGGCACUGAUGAGGAAGCCGAAAGAGGGCCUGAGUCAAAUGAUGAGUGGAGGAAGUAACCAGCACAAGGGUGUUGCUGAGUAAUCUCUAAUUAACCGCUCGCUUACCGUAACCCUACAACAGCGCUACACAGACUGUCCAGUCACACUGAGACACACACACAUUGUGGUGUUCUGUGCCUUAACGUACCAUUCACACGUUCACUACUUUGGACUCAGCGCUCAGUAUUUGUGCAGCAUGUUUAUCAUUUCAUUUUUCGGCCAAAUAUAUUAAAAAACUUUUUUCUUGCCAUCACAGAAAAAAAUCAAACAAACUCCAUGGUUGCACUGUGUGUGUGCAAGAAAACCAAAACAGGUUUUAAAUCCUCUUUCAUAUUUCUGAAAUAAAUGUGACCAUAAGACAUAACUUAAAAUAUAGAUAUGCCCAGCCAGCAUACUUUUCAGCAAAUAAUAUCCAGCUAUUUUAAACAAGAUGAAAUCUGAGGAAUAAGAAUAACACGCCGAUUUGCGGGCAGUCAGGGCAGACUCACACUGAGGCUUUAGGUCAAUAACCAUCAUUCCAAUAUUAAUAAUUUUGCAUUGGCCAAACAUUUUUUAUAAGAGAGCGGUGCAGUUGUAUUAUAUAAAGUAAAAUUGGAACAUCUCAAAUAAAGAGUGAAAAACUCAACUAUAGAGCAUGAUCAUGUGUGAGCCCCACAAAGUGCAUGCAGCUACAGCAUCUGGACAGUGUCAGGCUAACUUUUCUCCCUUCUCCCCUCACUCAUGGUCGAGCACUGAGGUUACACAGCAGCUGCAUGCACAAAGUGUCCGUGCUUUCAUAGAAAUAUGAAUAUUCCAGCUACAGAGCUGCAUGCAAGAACGAGGUGCAGUAAACGGCCUAAAUUUAACUCGGGGUGCAGAGUCCAGGAGUACAAACUGAGUAGGUGGUGCCUCAGUGUGUCCGACAGACGUUUUAGUUCACACCGCUUAACAAAAGUUCACCAAAGGUUCAUAAUAUCCUUACAGCCGACAACACAAUGCAAAGUAGUCUUUUUUUCUGCCAAGAUGUUGAAUUAUUUCAUCGAGCAACUUUACAUUCCAAAGCACAAAAAAUCUGAGACACUGAGUGACUCCCCCCCCCCC